CUGGGCCUGAGGAGGCAAGUCAGCUGAAGUGUGAGUGGGAGCAGCCUCUGUGGGGGUCCUGGGGCAUUUGCCUUACCUGGGUUGUUUCUGAGUAAAAAGGAAGAAGUUAAGGCUUGAAGAGCGGGGAUGGCAGUCAACAAGAGCCUGACCAUGCCGGAUGGAGACCUCCCUGAGCAGGAGAAUGUGCUGCAGCGGGUCCUGCAGCUGCCAGUGGUGAGUGGCACUUGCGACUGCCUCCAGAAGACCUACACCAGCACCAAGGAAGCCCACCCCCUGGUGGCCUCUGUGUGCAAUGCCUACGAGAAGGGCGUGCAGGGCGCCAGCAGCUUGGCUGCCUGGAGCAUGGAGCCCGUGGUCCGCCGGCUGUCCACCCAGUUCACAGCCGCCAACGAGCUGGCCUGCCGAGGCCUGGACCACCUGGAGGAAAGGGUCCCGGCCCUCCAGUACCCUCCAGAAAAGAUCGCCUCUGAGCUGAAGGACUCCAUCUCCACCCGCCUUCGCAGCGCCAGGAACAGCAUCAGUGUGCCCAUCGCCAGCACGUCAGACAAGGUCCUGGGGGCCGCUGUGGCCGGCUGCGAGCUUGCCUGGGGUGUGGCCAAAGACACCGCCGAGUUCGCUGCCAACACCCGCGCUGGCCGGCUGGCCUCUGGGGGGGCCGACUUGGCCCUGGGCGGCAUUGAAAAGGUGGUAGAGUUCCUCCUCCCUGCAGCCAAGGAGGAAUCAGGCCCUGCUCCUGGACACCAGUGGACCCAGGAGAAGCCUCCCACGGGGAAGCCGAGCCUUGUAAGCAGGGUUGGGGCACUGGUCAACACCCUCUCUCAACACACCUUCCAGACCACAGCCUGGGCACUGAAACAGGGCCACGCUCUGGCCAUGUGGAUCCCUGGUGUGGCGCCCCUGAGCAGCCUGGCACAGGCGGUGGCCCGGCGGCAGAGCGAGGUGCGGGUGCCCUGGCUGCACAACCUCACCGCCACCCAGGAGGAGGACCACGACCACCAGAUCGACACAGAAGGGGAGGAGACCGAGGAGGAGGAGGAGGAAUUGGAGACUGAGGAGAACAAGCUCAGUGAGGUGGCAUCUCCACCCCGCCCACAAGGCCUCCUGGGCAGCAUGGCGCACACCCUGCAGGUGGCCCUCCAGAGCACCAUCUCGGCGGUGACCUGGGCACCUGCGGCUGUGCUGGGCACAGCGGGGAGGCUGCUGCACCUCACACCCGCCGCCCGCGCUGACUCCUCCACCAAGAGGAGGGCCAUGUCCUUGUCGGACGCCCUGAAGGGCGUGACCGACAACGUGGUGGACACGGUGGUGCACUACGUGCCGCUCCCCCGGCUGUCGCUGAUGGAGCCGGAGAGCGAAUUCCGGGACAUCGACAACCCGCCCGCCGAGGCGGAGCGCCGGGGGUCUGGGGCGCGGCCCCCGCAGUACCGCAGCAGCCUGCGCAGCGCUCGGCGCCCCGGCGCGCCCUCCGGCCCGGAUCUGGACGACAAGGACGACACGCCCGCCGUGUCGCGCCCGGGUUUCCCGGCCGGGCCCCGCGAGAAGCCCGCGCGCAGGGUCAGCGACAGCUUCUUCCGGCCCAGCGGCCUGGAGCCCAUCCUGGGCCGCGCGCAGCACAGCCAGCCGCGCAAGAAGAGCUGA